AGAACAACGAAACUCGAACGCGAAUAACGAUCGGCAACGCAUCCCUAAGUCUAGUGGCCGAGGUAUCGAAUCAUUGAGAAACUCGAAUAGAACUCUGACCAGACCAUCGGUGAAAGGCAUCCCGCGUGGUUGUUGAUUUUGCCUUCCCCCCCGGUGUGACCCUUCACGCCCUUGGCCGCCCCUCGCCGGUGGUGAAAUUUUCGUGUGAAAUUUUACCACUUUACCGUGAGCUCUCCUCCAAACACGCGGUAUUAUCUUGGAUUUCGGUGCCCGGCUGAAAGGCGUUUCGAAGCAAAAUGGUUGUCCAGACGAGUGUUAAGACGAGACAUCUGUCCACGGCGCGAGUCAGCAGCACCUACCGGCAGCACAAGAGCACCAGCUUCAAGAGGCGCUACAAAGAUUCCUACCGCGUGAUGGGCGGAUUCGAGCAACGGCCCUGGACGCCGACCAAGCGGCGCGGCCCGAUCGCGGCCGAGCACCGUGGCCCCGGCCCACAGUAUCUGCUACCACAGCUUCUCGGUACGAAAGUGGUAGACUCCAAACGGCAAGCCGCACCCGCCUACAGCUUCGGCCAGCGUCAUAAACCGCGCACGGAAUCGUUCAGCCCGGGCCCACUCUACAACAUCACGGGGCUCGGCUGCAAGGGCAAGGAUGCACCGCCGGCGUACUGUCUGCAGAGCCGCCCGAAGGAGAUACCGAAGUAUCUGACACCCGCGCCGGGCGAGUACAACAUCGAAAAGUCGGACAAAAUGCUGGUCAAAUCGGCCCCGAAGUACACGUUCGGGGUGAAGAAACCACCGAACCCGACCAGCCAGACGCCAGCGCCCGGUGACUAUAAACCAGAGCGGGUGGUACUAGAUAGUGCGCCCAAGUUUUCGUUUGGCAUCAAAACCGAAAGCAAGCUGCGCAGUGACACUCCAGCCCCCGGUACUUACUCGCCGGAAAAGGUAUUAAAAGACAAAUCACCGAAGUACAGCUUCGGGUUGAAAGUGAUACCGGAGAAGCACGAGGAGACACCGGGUAAGCGUAUGGUGACGAAAGCGCGAUCCUUUUCAUCAAUUACUAUUCUUUUAGCUCCCGGUGCAUACGAACCGGAACGGGCUCUAGCGCUCGAUAGAAGGCCGGCGUACAGUUUCGGUUUGAAGACGAUCGCCGAAAAGCCCAACAACACGCCGGCACCGGGAGCGUACGAGCCGGAGAAGGUGAAGCUCACAAUGACACCGUCGUACAGCUUCGGCAUUCGACCGACAAUCGACAAACCGAACAGUAAUCCUGCACCAGGUGCAUACGAGCCCGAGAAGGCGAAGAAGUUCAUCGAUCACUCACCAGCAUUUGCAUUCGGCAUGCGCAUCAAUCACGAUAAACCGAGCUGCACACCGGCCCCGUCCGCGUAUCAGGUGGAGAAGGUGAACCUAGAUCACCAGCCGGCGUACAGUUUUGGCAUGCGCACGAACGUGGCGAAGCCGAACCUGACGCCGGCCCCCGGAGCGUACUCUCCCGAGAAGGCUCAGCACGACGGAGCGCCCAAGUACAGCUUCGGGCUCCGACCGACAAUCGACAAACCGGACGGCGUUCCGGCGCCCGGUGCCUACUCUCCCGAAAAGGCCAAAGUAGACAGUAGCCCAGCUUACAGUUUCGGCGUACGGGGCAAGCAGGAAAAACCGAGUGCCAAUCCCGGCCCAGGAGCGUACGAUGCGGAAAAGAUGCUGGACGGGAAAUCACCGUCGUAUUCGUUUGGGUUGCGACCGGAAGCGGGUAAGCCCAACGUAGGGCCCGGCCCAGGAGCAUACAAUGCGGAUCGCGUCGAUAGCGGCGUGCCGGCAUACUCGUUCGGUGUGAAACACAACCGGGAUAAGGUAGAAUCGAUCCCAGGGCCAGGAGCGUACGAUGCGGAUAAGAUUAACGACAAGAUGUCACCGGCGUACUCGUUCGGUGUGAAAACGAACCUACAGAAACCGAAUGCUGUGCCUGGACCGGGAGCAUAUGAUGCGGAUAAGACGAACGACAGAACGGCUCCGUCUUACUCGUUCGGCGUUAAGCCAAACCUCGAGAAGCCGAGCGCCAUUCCCGGGCCCGGUGCAUACGAUGCCGAAAAGGCAAACGAUAAGUUCUCCCCAGCGUACUCGUUUGGUGUGAAGACAAAUCAGGAAAAACCCAACGUCGUCCCAGGUCCUGGAGCGUAUGACUCCGAUAAAGUCGAUAACUCAUCUCCGGCGUAUUCGUUCGGAGUGAAGACACACCACGAGAAGCCAAGCGCCAUCCCCGGACCGGGGGCAUACGAUUCGGACAAGCUGGGGGACAAAUCGUCUCCAGCCUACUCCUUCGGAGUGAGGACCAAUCGGGAGAAACCGAGUGCCAUUCCGGGGCCCGGAGCCUACGACUCGGACAAAGUUGUGGAUAAGUCUUCUCCCGCGUACUCGUUCGGGGUAAAACCGAAUCUCGAGAAGCCCAGUACUAUUCCCGGACCUGGUGCGUACGAUUCGGACAAAAUGAUUGAUAAGUUCUCGCCAGCGUAUUCGUUCGGUGUUAAGACAAACCUGGAGAAACCCAGUGCUAUUCCUGGACCCGGAGCCUAUGACGCAGACAGAGCGGCUGACAAAAGCUCUCCGGCGUACUCUUUCGGAGUAAAGACGAACCUGGAGAAACCUAGCGCUAUCCCUGGCCCGGGUGCAUACGAUGCGGAUAAGGUUACUGACAAGAGCUCUCCCGCGUACACGUUCGGUGUGAAAACGAACGUAGAAAAGCCGAGCCUCAUUCCUGGACCGGGUGCUUACGAUAAUGAGAAGGUACACGAUUCCACAACUCCGGCGUACACGUUUGGCGUGAAGCCGCAAACGACUAAAGCGAACCCAACGCCAGCUCCCGGUGCCUACUCACCGGAGAAGUACACCUACCACAACCCAGCCUAUACGUUCGGUGUUCGGCCGAACAUUGACAAAAUCGACAAUAUACCCGCCCCGGGAGCCUAUAAACCGGAAGCGGCCAAACUGGACAGCACUCCGGCGUACACGUUUGGCGUUCGUCCGUGCAUCGACAAGGUGGACUGCACCCCGGCCCCGGGCACCUACUCGGUCGAGAAGGUGAAGCUAGACCAUGGCCCAGCCUACCCCUUCGGUAUCAAGGUGAACCGAGAGAAACCGAACGAAGUGCCAGCUCCCGGCACCUACAAUCCCGAUAAGGUUAAGAUCGUUCACGCUCCGGCGUACAGUUUUGGCAUUAAGCAUAAAGGUGAAACUCUCAAGGAUACCCCGGCUCCCUCGGCGUAUCAGCCGGAAAAGUGCAAAACCGACUGCUCGCCGGCCUACACGUUCGGCGUGAAGGUAAAUCACGAAACGAUCACUCACGAUGGCCCAGUGAACGCAGUAACAACAACCAUAACGAAUGGUGACUCGUCGGUUGCUUCCAAGGCGAUGGUGAUCAGCAAUGGCGGUUCGUCGACCGUCAGUAGCAACACCGUUACCACAAGGACUGGCUCGGUGCAGAACGGAAGUGAUGGUCAAAGUACGGUGACGACGAAGACGAUCACCACGACGCAGACGUCCGGUGGAAGCAUGAAGGUGAUCCGCGAGCGGAAGACCACCACCGAGGAACGUGCAUCGGCUUCCGUCGAAACCGUCGGCGAUGGGCUGGUGCCCAACUGCAUCGCCGGUGUGAAGCAGUUGGCCAACGUGCAACACCAGCGCAUGGUGUGCACGGGCCACUUCCGUGCCUAGAAGAUCGGCCA